AUGCCGAUAUCUAAACUUACCUCGAAGGUAAAUCAUGGAGAUGUUGCAAUCAAUCCGGUUAGCCCCGUCGGUGAAUUGAAUCCAUUGCAAGAUAUCUCAGCAGAUCCCCCUUCCUUUGAAGCAGCUAGCUCUUGGUCUCUCUCUUCGGCUUCCACCGAAAGCUUUGAAAGCCUACUUUCCGAUAAAGUUUCUGUGCUUUCUUUUUUAGAUUGUCCUGUAGAUGACUCGUUGAGUUUGGCGAAUCCACCCAGUUUACAAAAUCCCAGUGAAUCCUCAAGUGCACAUUCACGAACAUCAAGUAGUUGGAGCGAAAGGCUUUCUAAGCUUUCAAAGAAUUCUCCGAAAUCUUCAUUGUCAAGACAUUCUCCGAAAUCAUCCGUAUCUUCGUCGAAUGCCCUGUUUUCCUCAUCCAGUUCCAGUAAGUCUUGGUUCCGUAAUUCCGAAUCCGAACCAUUUGUCAAAUCUCAUGGUAUUCGAAACCAAUUUUCACGGGCUAAACGCCUCGUGAAAGGGAUUUAUGAAAAUGUCAAGCAUAAAGGAUCUGAUGAUGAAUCUGAUUUUCUUGCAACGGUAUGCUUUGACAACAAUAACCCACUAAAAGCUCUUUCCACUAUCAACCAUGAAGCCAAUGGUCAUUCAGAAGAUUCCGAUACUCAUAACUUUGGGUCUGUUGACAUAAACAAUUUGGAUUCCCUGGUAGAUUUGGCUAUUGCUUUGAAAAAAGAAAAAAAAAUUGAAGAUGUCAUCAAAAUUUUAGAGUUUAUUAUGCCUCGUAUUACCGCCUCUCACAAUUUCGUUCCAUAUGAAUUAGCUGAACUAUAUAAAGUUCGCGGCACCACGAAAGAUUUGAAGAACAUUCUUCCUUUACAUGUGUUAGCUGCAUCGUUAGGCCAUGAAAAAAGUGCUUUUUUCGUAGGUGACGCUUAUUUUUAUGGUACGUAUGGUGCUUAUGAAAACACCCUGCGAGCUUUACAAUAUUAUCAUUUGGCAACUGACAAAGGCAAUCCAGACGCAAUGCUGGCAUUGUGCAAAUUGUAUUUAAAAGGCUUACCUGGCCACAUCCAAGCAAACAGCCAACGAGCAUUUGAGUAUGCUCACCGUGCAGCUAUGUUAGGGUAUGCCCCGGCGUGCUAUGUGCUUGGAAAGUUUUAUGAAACCGGCAUUGGGUGUGAGAAAGAUUUGGCUAAAUCUGAAGCUGGUUUUCGUGCUGGUCUCGUGAACUCAUCAUGUAUAACUGAUGCGGAUGCUUUACAAAUAGCCAUGACGCUUGUUUUGCUUCAGUAA